GAUAUUCUGCGUCCUUGCUUGCUUGCAUAGCCCUGGCCUGACUUGAAUGCUAGUGAGUUGUAGAUCCUCCUUGGGGUUAGAUGUAGAUUGUUCCCAUCUAGGUACAUAUGUAGGUAGUUUUAAACCAUGUGAAUUCAUCCGAUUUGAAUCUGCCAAAAGUGGCAGGUGGGGGAGAUCUGUACCCCACCUUCUAAGUACUAUCUACACUGCCUAGUUACGUGGGUACUUGCCCAAUUUACCUGACCCAGCUCUCGUUUGAAGUGUUUCUACCCUACCAAACCUGAGACGAGACGCAAAACACCAACAUUCCUCUCGCCAAGCUACCAACCAGACUUCCUCCUAGCCAAAGCAAGCCGUGCGAUUCGCGGACUCUCAACCAAGCUACAAACUACACAUAGCGUUAUUUCAUUCGAGCAUAAUAACCCGUCGUCGCUUUCUUCGAGCAUACUUCUUGCGAGCAACCGUUCUGGUGUCCAGCAACCAGUGGCACCAUGUCUGGCUGGUACAGUAACAUCGUCGGUGCUACGACAUCCAAGAUAUCGAAUCUCCAAAGAUCAUAUUUCAGCGGAGAAGCCGAUGGCGAUACCGAAGACGACACGCAUGUUUGCAGAGUCCUGCGAUCGUACUACACUGAGAAGGGGAAACCGUUUCCCGGAUGGCUACCGCCAGAUCCUAAGGCACCGCCACCCGCCACCGCUGUUUACUCACAACCGUCACAAGUAGGCUCGCGGUACGGCGGGCUUGGCCAACAACAACCGGGUGGUAGCCUGAGCUCACUGUGGGAUAACAACCCUGUCUCGCAACAGUCGCAAGAAACGCAAAGCUUACGGAGAGGGAGGGGAGGACCUUCUGCCAUGCGAAACAGCGAUGCUAGGGAUAGUCCUUUUCGCAACUCAGACCCUAUGGCCGGGAGCGAUGCACAAGCACGGCCAUUGCCAUCGCAACGGGCAGGAAGCUAUCAGACUCAAGGGGGCUUUGGCAUUUCCGCAACACCACCUGCCGGUUCAAGCGGCGGCUCGGCGCAGGACCGGCUUAAGCAACGCCUGUUUGGAGGUUCUAGAACAACGAGCCCAGCAAAUAAUGGCCCCUUCAGCGCGCCACCGCAACGGGGAGGAGGCAAUGGCUCGGGCGAUUACGAAGAUAGGUUUGCGCCUGGAGGCAUGUAUGAUGCUAGAUCCAACCGAGGUGGAGGUGGAGGUGAUAGGCCAUACAUGAGUGCGAACUCUCCUUGGUCAAAUGAACCCGACCCUUCAAAUGCCGGUGGCGGACGACCAGGAGGCAGACGACCUGUUGGCCUCCCUAGCGGUCCGAAGAUGAGGUGAUGAUUUGGAUACCUAUUUAUCUACCUACUUAAUAGUACUGGGAAACCGGAUACUUCUCAGCACCCGUUGCAGUUGUUGUUUAGCGAUUUGAGGCGAAUAUAAUUCCCGUAAUCAGUCAUAUUCACCGGGUACAGGCAAAUUUGAGAGAUAGAGUCAUACUGGGAUGUGGCCUUCUGGAGUAUGAUCGUGCAAAACUAGUGCUCUACGCCUCUUUGCCUCUGACGCUGGCAUUUGUGCUGAAACUAGCUUGCUUUGUAUGCGAAGCUUGCUGUGACUAUCAUCAUUGCCAAGCCCCUUUCUUUACGGAAGCAUGUUUUGGUUAACCUAUGGUGUGAGAGUGGAUGUGAGUUUUGAGUGUUGCCUAAGCUAGCUUGCGCGUCUUGUACUUAACAGUCGUGUAGGUAUACGCCCAUUUAUCGAUGGUAGGUGAGCGGGCCGUGGUAUUCAAUGGCUUUGCCACAUAAGAAACAUCGCAUUUGUUUAAUAGGACGCGCCAUCACCCUACCUCCUCUCGAGUCUCUACUGCAGUAUGAAUCG